CCCUCAGGACUUACACCGGCCCUGGGCUGUGUGGGGAAGAUGGCGGCUUUGAGAGAUGCUGAGGAUGAGCUGGGAAGGGGGCUGUCAGAUGUGGCAGAACACAGACUCAUCUUCCAGUCAUGCACCUUUAAGAUUUUUCUUUGCAGAAGUAUAAAAGAUAAGGCCAAGAUCAGUUUAAGAAAAUAUGAUGUUGGAAACAAAUUCUCCCAUUUGCCACUAUCCAAAGCAUCUGUUCUUAUGCCUCUAAUGGUUAAAGAUGGAAAGCUGUAUUUGCUAUUUACUGUCAGAUCAAUGAAGUUGAGAAGAUCACCAGGGGAAGUGUGCUUUCCAGGAGGUAAAAGUGAGCCUAUAGACAGAGAUGAAAUAGCCACAGCAGUGCGGGAAGCCAAGGAAGAAGUGGGACUCUAUCCAGAGCAGGUGGAAGUCAUCUGUAGGCUUGUACCUGGAAUUGAUAAAGUAGGUUCGUUGGUAACACCAGUUGUAGGAUUUAUAGAGGACACAUUCCAGGCCAGACCUAAUCCAGAUGAAGUGAGUGAUGUGUUUUUGGUGCCACUGAAGUACUUUAUCGAUCCAUUAAAGUACAUGACCUUGCCUUAUAAAAGAGCGGAUGGUGUUGCAAGUUGGCUGCACAGUUUUGUAUAUGAUGACCCUGAGCGUAAAACAUCACUUAGGAUAUGGGGACUUACUGCGCACUUUGCUGUAUUUCUUGCUCUUGUAAUUUUUGAAAAGAAACCUACAUUUGACAUUCAGUAUGAUCUUGACAACUUAAUUUCAUCCUCUGAGAAGAAUUUCAUGGAGGAGUAUAUGUCGCUAUACAAGGGGAAAAGCAGCAAACUAUGAGCUGUGGGACGGGCACACAGGUGUAAACAGUUGGUUUAAAUUAUUUUUCAAGCUUUACUAUUUGGUUUUCUGAAUCAGAAAUUGUCUCGUUUUAAUGUCUUCAUUGGAUUACAAAAAAUAAAGUGCUAAUAGAUUAAUCAGCCCUAAAUAGACAAAGUUUUUGUAUUUAUUUUACAUGUAUUUAAAGGUUCAUUAUAUUUUUCAUGGUCUUUGUGGUAAAGGCCUUGGACUGGGACUCAGAAGACUGAGGUUCAGUUUCAGGCUCUGUCAUGAAUUUCCUCUGUGACCUCGGAUAAGUUACUUACCCUCUGUGCUUCAGUUCCGCUCUGUAAAAUGUGGAUAAAAUUAUUCCCAACCUUUGUCUCUUUGAUUUAGAAUAUAAACAGUUCAGCGUGUGUAUCUUACUGUUUUGUACAGCACCUAGCAUGAUGGGGCUCUAAUAUUGAUUGGGGUCCCUGGACACUAUUGUAAUAAGAUGGCAGUGCUUGAAUAACUUGUUUUUUUGUUUUAGUUUGUGGAUAUUGGAGCUUGUGCUCAGAAUGACAUUCCUCAAAACCUAGCAGUGACACUGAAAUAUUCUCCACGGUGUUCUCUUCUUCUGGAGAGAUCGCCCUCUAGGGUUCAGUCGUUUUUUAUCUCUACUGAAAUAACUGAUAAAGGUUCCAGGUAGUGCCAGAUAUAGUGCUGCUGGGUUUUGUGAUGUUAUAGCCUGUCUACUAGCAAUUGGGCCGAGACCAUAUCAGUUCAUUUCAUGUACGCCAGUAAAUAGUUGUCAGAUGGCUAAAGCUUUUAAAGGCACUAUUAAGUUAGGCUGGAUUUGAACUUGCAGUUUAGAAGUAAAUUUAUCAAUCUUCAGAGCCAGCUGAUUUCCUCCAACAUGCAGUGAGAGUUGAGGGCAUUUAGGAUCAAGCCCCCCUGUUUGCUAGCAUAGUGCUAGAUUUAUGCUGAACAACAUCUUCUAAUAUACUGGAUGAGCAUGUGAUGUGGACAGCUGGCCUCUCUCCUGUACCAGAGUGUUUAGUCAUGCCCUACUGAACAAAAAUUGAGUAAGACCCCAGGUCUCUGCUGUCACGGCUCAGGGCAACUGCACCUGUGUUUCCCCUCAGUGGUUCAGCAAGGGCAUCCGUUCUUAGCUUCCAGCUCCCCAGCCAUUGCCUUUCUGACAGAAGGUCUCUACCUUCUGACAGUAGUAUUUCCAGACUGCAUGGUUCCCUGCCUUCACUGUGUUUCCCAGCCCAGACAGGUUGCCCAAGGAUGCUUCCUUGCUUUCUUCCCAGUGAUAACACAGUGACUGUCUACAAUUAUAAAUUACCACUCAGCGCUUCCUAGGCAAGCCUACUUUAUUUUUAGGGUGAAAAGCAUUAAAGAGAAAACAUUAGAAACAAUAAAAUAACCAUAUGCAUGCUAAUAAGUUUACCAGAAUUAACCCUAGCCCUAACAUGGCUUCUGGUAGGUUCAGUCCUUCCAACUCUACCCUAAGGAUUUUGUUCAUCUAGACCAUGGGCCCUGUCUAUUUACUGGGUCAGGAAGAAGCCAAUGAGCCAUUUGUCUCUUAGUCCCUGGAGAAACCGGUUUGAAUUGGCGUAUCAUACCUUUCUGGGGAUGGUUUCUUUAGAGAUGUUGCAAAAGCUGAGUGAGUUUGUCUAGUCAUCCCAUGUUCUCCUAUUUACCCUUCCAUAGAAGUGAAUAUAAUUCCACAAUAACACACACAGUCAUAGAGUUAGAAGGGACUGCAAAGAUCAUCUGGGCUAACCCCCUGCCAAGAUGCAAGAUUUGUUGUGUCUAAAUCAUCUAUGACAGAUGGCUAAUCCAGUCUCCUUUUGAAAACCUCCAGCGAAGGAGGUCCCACAACCUCCCAAGGCAGUCUUGUUCCAUCGUC